UCUCGGAAUGUGGAGUUUUUGGGGGUCUGACACUCUCUCAAAAAGCUCUUCUUCUCUCUCGCAUUGAUUCUCACUCAGACAUUUUCACAACCAGGAGAUCGUCAUUUCUCGAUUCGAAUCAAACACUUGGCCGCCGGCAAUAAUCGGCGACGGCGUGGUGGAACUCGGUGGCAGUUUGUUCUCUCCUGAGUAGAAAUCUCGAGAGAUCUGGUUGAAUUGCUUUUAAAAUAAAGGCGUACGCCGGAAAUUUCCGAAGCAGAGCUGGAGACCGUACAGGAAGGGAAGCAGAAGGGUCCGCCUGCGGCCACCAACGGUCAGAUCCGGUACCGAUCGCCGUCAUCUGCGGAGCUUCUCGAAGGUCAGACGAAUUCUCCGCCUUCCGAUCAGGACCACCAUCAUCACAGUCAGAGCCUUUUCGAAUCGGAAAAAAUGUCUAAGCGACCAGGCGGAGGUCGGCCUCUGGGUCACGAUUCUUUCGGGGAUAAGAUCCAGAGGUACAGAGGGAUAUUUUUGCUCGUCUCCGUGCCUUUGCUCCUCGUUACCUUUAUCGUUUACGUGAUGCCGACGCGUUCCGAAUACACCAUUGCUAACCGCAAGGUUUCGCCUACAGCACUCAGAUCCAAGACCUCUUAUGCCGUUAUCUUUGAUGCUGGUAGCUCCGGUAGCCGCGUCCACGUCUUCAAUUUUGAUGGCAACCUUGAUCUGAUCCCCAUUGGUGGCAAUCUCGAGCUAUUCUUACAGAUUAAACCAGGACUAAGCGCAUAUGCUGAUAACCCUCGCUCUGCUGCCGAAUCUUUGAUUGGUCUUCUUGAUAAAGCGCAGGAGGCAGUUCCCAAAAAGCUGCGUUCUUCAACUCCAGUUCGAGUUGGGGCUACUGCUGGCUUGAGAUCUUUGCCCGGAGAUACAUCUGAACGCAUUUUGCAAGAAGUUAGGGAUUUGCUGAGAGAAAGAAGCAGUUUCAAACUUGAGUCAAAGGAUGCAGUGUCUGUUAUUGAUGGAACUCAAGAAGGAUCCUACCAAUGGGUGACAAUAAACUUCUUGCUUGGCAAAUUGGGGAAGAAAUAUGGAGAUACAGUUGGAGUUGUUGACCUUGGAGGUGGAUCAGUUCAAAUGGCUUAUGCAAUCUCUGAAGCAGCUGCUGCGAAGGCACCAAAACCAACAGAGGGAGAGGACACAUAUGUGAAGGAAAUGUAUCUCAAAGGCAGAAAAUACUUCCUCUAUGUUCACAGUUACUUGCGCUUUGGCCUAUUAGCAGCUCGAGCAGAGAUUUUGAAGGUUUCUGGAGAUUCUGAAAACCCUUGCAUUUUGGGUGGCUAUGAUGGGUCUUUUAAAUAUGGAGGACAAACAUAUAAAGCAUCAGCUUCCUCAUCUGGCUCAAGUUUAGACGAGUGCAAGAUAAUAACUGGCAAGGCUCUAAGAAUAAGAGACACGUGUUCGCACAUGAAAUGCACAUUCGGUGGGGUGUGGAAUGGCGGAGGAGGGGAUGGACAGAGGAAUCUUUUCGUUGCUUCAUUUUUCUUCGACAGGGCAGUUGAGGCUGGUUUCGUCAAGCGCAGUAAACCUGUAGCCACUGUUCGUCCUUCAGAUUUUGAAGAGGCAGCCAAGCGAGCUUGCCAAACUAAACUCAAAGAUGCAAAAUCUUUAUAUCCAGAUGUGGACGAGUCUAACUUGCCAUACAUUUGCAUGGACCUCGUUUACCAGUACACCUUGCUUGUCGAUGGUUUCGGUCUGGAUCCUUGGCAUGAGAUCACGUUGGUGAAACAAGUUAAAUACAACAAUGACUUGGUUGAAGCAGCAUGGCCUCUAGGCAGUGCCAUAGAGGCCGUAUCGUCGUGAACAUAAUCGCGGAUGACACGAUCGCCAGCCAACCAGCCAGCUAACUUGCCUACACUACACCCUUGAGCAUCAUCCUCGAGCAACACGCCGCCCGAGGUCAGACUCAGACUCAGACUCUGAAUAUUUUGGUAUAAGAUUGGAUUCGGAAAUUUGAUUUUGGUAUAUAGGAUAGGUAUGAAAUAAUGAGAGAGAUAUGUUGUGGUGCAAUUUAUGUUUUGUUUGUAGUUAGUCCCAUUUUUUUUUAUCAUUACCAUUUGAGAGAAUUUGCUGAAAUUAGUUCAUUUAGAUUUAUUUAGAAGUGGGGGUCGAAAAAAUAUUGGCGUAUUCUUAUUCCAUUCAUGUCACUACCGCUGCAGAGCCCAUUUUUUUUGUUUUGUUCUUGUUUUUGUUUUUAUAUUUGUUUUCUGUUUUGGCUCAUAUGCAUAAUAGAACCAACGAGUACUGUAACCAAAAUUAAAACCACAAUUUGUCUAAAUUAGAUCUUGUUCUUGUAUUUAAACAAGGCAAAGGAAAUAAUUGUUUUAGUAGCA